UAUCAAUCUGUAUAUUUCAGAGAAAAUGCGCGAUAAAACAAUGGGAAGAAAUAGGAAUGCAGAGAAUGAAACAUUUGUGCAGAAGAAACAAGAAAAAGACAAUUCUGGAAAGAAGAAAAAAAGCAAGGCCACCCCAUUUUCCUCAAAUGGAGCCAUGUGCGCCCUCUAUAUACAGGAAAAAGAUCUGAAGAAGGAAAUCGGAGCUUCUGAAGGUGACUCCAGCUCUCCUGAAGCCGCUGAAUCAGAGGUUUCCGGAAUCAAGUUAAAGAAUAAAAUUAAGGUCUGUGACAAAACAAUCUCUAAAUCCGACCAGAUGUCAAGACAAACAAAGAGCCAUUCUUCAGUAAACCCAAACCUCUGUUUGGUCUGUGAGAAAUCCUUCUCAACGGCCUCGGCAUUGAUUAGACACAUGAAAAUUCACAAUGGAGAGAAGCCUUUCACAUGUAGCAGCUGCAGUAAAUCAUUCACUGUGUCAGACGCUUUGAGUGCACAUAUGAAAACUCAUACUGGAGAAAAACCUUUUCCCUGCACAAUCUGCAACAAAUCUUUUGGAGUUUCCAGAUCGUUAACAGAACACAUGAGAAUUCACACAGGAGAGAGGCCAUACAGUUGUGAAAUGUGUGAGAAAUCGUUUACUCGCACUUGUGACAUGACUGUGCACAUGAGAAGGCAUACGGGAGCGAAACCUUUCCAUUGUACAGUUUGUGAAAAGUCUUUCACUGUUUGGAGUGGUUUAUCAAGGCACAUGAGAACCCAUACAGGCGAAAAACCAUUUACUUGUCCUCUGUGUGAGAAAUCAUUUUCAGCACCUGGCAAUUAUUCUCGUCACAUUAAAUCUCAUGUUGGAGGAGAAAAGUUUUCUUGUGACAUCUGUAAGAAAUCAAUGACUACUAAAAGUGGUUUGAAUGAGCACUUGAAGGUUCACACUGGUGAAAAGUCGUAUCAAUGUUCGGACUGUGCUAAAUCAUUCAGCAAAAUUGGCUCCUUAAAAAGGCACAUGCUAACCCAUACUGGAGAAAGGCCGUAUCCCUGUACUGUCUGCGGUAAAUCUUUCUCAUUGUCCUCGAAUUUGUCAAGGCAUAUGAGUAUUCAUGCUUGAAUGAUAUCUAUCAACAAAGAUAAAAACAUUACACACGAACUUAAGGAAAUUAUGUUCAUAUGUCUUAGUCUUUUAGAUGUUCUAUGUAAUUAUCAAUUCAAUUCAAUAUUUUAUAGAUAUCUUAAACUAUUUAAAAAUUCGUAGCAUUCAGUUACGAAUUAAAGCCUAAAACGAAAUAAUCUCUACCUCGUGAAAAUUAAAGAUUAUUGAGUUACAUCAGUAACAGGGUGAGUCCACAAUAAUAAAUAAUGAUAGUAAAAAUAAGAAUAAUGCAUAUUUAUAGCUCUGUACAUUUGUGAAGAAAAUGUCGUACUAAGAAAUUGUAACCAGCAAGAAAUGCAUUGAGCACUCUGUGUAGAUAUAAUUUUAACAACACUUCGAACAGUUUUGAAAAUUGAUUUUGGAAUAACCGGAAUUGUUUGUGCCGGGUUAAGACAUUAAUAAAUGUGUUUUUUUUCUUCAAGGUUCAUUAAUAUAUUUUAAGAAAUCGUUGAGUUUCAUUGUGAAAUAUUUUUGAUUAAUCGUUCAAAGAAAAUGUUCUUUCUUUUUUUGUUUGCUCAACAAAAAUGUUGUGUUUUGGCAAUGCUUGCAACAUUUCAAAAAUACCUCAAAGGUAAAUUUUUUGUA